AGGUGUGUUUCCUCCUUCCUUCCCCAGGAAUCGUGAAGCGUUUCCCCUCUAACAAUUCGUUUUACUUUUUACAAUUUGCCAUUCAUCUCUUUCACUUUCUCAUCUGGGUCUGUCCCAUCAACAUUCUUUAUCAUUGAUUUAUCUCUAUGUAAUUCUACGCACAAAAACAAAUUUGAGAACAGUUUGAUGUUAUCAUGUUUUGCGCAUUGCAUUAGCAUUUUUGAUUCUUCGAGCAUUUCCGUUUGAUGUCAUGUGCACAAUUUCUUCGUUUUAUCGGAAAGCAAGCACAAACAGGGCAGGAUCAUAGCUUGUUUUGAUGUUCCUAAUGCGCGAGGAUUGUGUUGUGAAUUAUUCCAGUAUGAAAAAUAUUUUUUCGCGCGUUACAUACAUAUCUCAAGAAUUUCAAUUUCUGCAGCAAUUUUGUUGUCCUGAUUGCCAAAUGUUGCACGACAAGUUCCUGCAAAGGGACUAGAAGCGGAAAAAUAAACGAGCUUCCCUACCAUCUUUUCGACCGCAAGAAUGAAAGUAGUAACCGCCACGAGGGACGAGGAUAUCACCAUGGAAGAUUCCGUCGAGGAGGUCCUUGAUGUUGGUGUGUUGCAGCAAGUAUUGGUUGUCGACGAAGGCGAAGCAGAGUUGUUACCCUGUGCAAAAGUAUCGCACUCAUAGAUAUAAAAGUAAAAUUUCUUAUUCUUAAAAUUGCAGUCAUGCCGCGCAACAAAUAUCAUCUUUGCCAGCAACCUGAAUCAAAAUUCAAAAUUCCACUUCUGUUCUUGCCAAGAUUUGUAAAAAAGCAUUUCGUAGUACUAGCUGUGCGAUAGUUUUGCAAUGCAUAAGAAUGCUGUGAAUGUGAAAGUGAACUUCAACUCCUCCUAGGGUCGGGUGAAGAUGCAGCUGCGCUGCAAAUCGACCAUGUUGAUGUGCUGCCAGUAGCGGAAGGCCAGCAUCAUCGUGAAGAUCUUGACCCCAGCAGCGCAGCUGAGACAAGAUCUACUUCAAGAUCAUGCGAUGAUCUGGAUGCACGACGUCCAGCAGAUGAUGACAAACCACCCGCUGCUGCCUUCUAUUCAUCGAGCAGCAGCACCACCAAAAGUCGCGUAGGAGCAAUGAAGCGCCGGUCCGCCUGCUCACAGAGCGGUGUGUGUUUGUUUUUACUCGUGAUCAUUAUAACAACUGUCGCGAUUCUGUGUUCACUCUCAUUUCUUCUGCUAGGAAGCGGUGGCGUGCUGUCCCACUUGGGAUUUUGCGCCGGUCAGGAGGACUGUGUCAAACAGAAAAUGGGGAUCGGCGGCGGCUUCAGCGAAAGUAUGAGUCAUAUGGUGUGCAAAUGUGUCUGGAUCUGAACAAAAAAUACGAAUGAACCUGUGAAUUGCGCAAUUUAUUAUUUAUUCGAGGAAAGCGAGAAUAUGUGAUGCAUGGAGCGAGUGACCCUGACCACCUCCCAUGGCAACGCCGUUUGUCAUGCACAAAUGCCAUCAUCUCUCAUGCGCGAGCGCGUUGCACGCUAUGUGCUACAGCCCUUCUUUAAAAAGUUAAAGUUUCGUGUCCCUGGCGUGGUAAUACCUAUUGAUGAAAUCCGCCACUUCUGACGGAGAUGGAACUCGCAUUAGAACUUUCGUGCAGAUGACCUAGACAUGUUUGCACUUGAUAAUGAAUUUAUCUCAACAUGAUCACCUACGUCACACGACGGGCUUCGAGUUGGAGACGACGACAAAUACCGCAGCCACCCUGGCAACGCCAGCCGACCCUGUCGGGGUGGAUGCAGCGUCGAGUCUCGAUUGCGCGGACGGUCACGAUGAUUGUGUAGGGCACGACAGGUCGUUCCAACGCGAGGAAAGUAGUAUGCUGUGCAAAAGUAUCGUGCUCGUACUAGUAGUCGCAUGAAAAACCCACUUCCCAUGGGAAAUCAGCUAUGCAAAGUUCUAAUUUAAUGUUUAUUCUGUAUUGAUUUGUUUUAAACAAAAUUUGUAACUAAUUCUAAUACGAUUACGACUACGUACGAAGAUACAUGCCUUUGCAAUGCAUAAAUGAAUUUCCAGUAAUAGCGGUUCAGCCUCCGACAGCUCGAAUAUCAUUUGCAAAACCACCCCGAGAGCCCGUUCUUGUGUAUAUAUAA